UGUCGCCUUCCUGGGACACCUCCAAGCAUUAUGAUGCUGUGCAUGUCGCUCAUGCUGCGGCGGGGCUCGGCCUUCGCCGCGCGGCUUGCACGGCGGGAUCGGGCACUCAGUUUGGCGGGUCUUUCGUGCCGGCACUACAGCACCGAGACGGCUCCUCACAUCCCGGGAAUGGAGUACCAGGACGCCAUUUGCACUCUGAACACGCUGCAGACAAAUGCCAGCGCCUUGGAGCAGGUACGACGAGAGCGCAGCAACCCUCAGCUGCAGCUGAACGCCAUGAGAGGCUUCCUGGAGCGAGCCGGCCUCACGGUGGACGAACUCAACCAUCUCAAUAUCAUUCACGUGACUGGAACAAAGGGCAAGAAAUAUUUCUGGCAGGUUUACGGGCGACUCGAUGAAACAAAGGAUGCCCACGGAGGGACGAUGCCAGCGUAUUUCCGCUUCCUCACCAUUUUGGCCUUCCAUGUCUUCCUCCAGGAGAAGGUGGAUUUAGCUGUGAUUGAAGUUGGUAUAGGCGGCGCGUACGACUGCACCAACAUCAUAAGAACCAACCGAACAACUGUAAAACCAACCAGGAAGCAGUCACUCAACCUUUCUGAUGAGGACUGUGCACAACCUCAGUCAGAAGAUGAGGAUGACAUGAUACCACACCAAUGCCAGCAGAGAGCGAAACCCCUGACUCAGAAACCCCUGUCAAGGAGGAAGCUCCUGAUACUGUGGAAUCAGAGGACACCUGGAGUCCCCGCCUUCACCGUCAGACAGCCAGAGGGCGCCAUGCCCGUGCUCGAGGAGCGGGCCAAAGAGAUCGGAUGCCCACUGUGGGUGUGUCCACAGCUGGAGGACUACCAAGUGGACUGUGGACCUUUGCACCUGGGCCUUGCAGGGCAGCACCAGCGCUCCAACGCCUCCCUCGCGCUCCAGCUGAGUCACACCUGGCUUCAGAGGAGGUGCCUACCAGAUCACAGCUUUCCCGUCACCACUGUUGAAAACAACGGUACACUUCAGGCGCCUGCGUUCAGUCCCAGCCCCAUCAUGGUUAAAGGGCUGGCAGAUGCUAAGUGGCCCGGCAGGACGCAGACCCUGAAGCAUGAAGAGGUGACUUACUUCCUGGAUGGAGCUCACACCAUGCGCAGCAUGCAGGCCUGCGUUCAGUGGUUCAGAGAGACUGCAGCUGAGCACGAGAGGAGCGCCAGUGGAGCUGUGGCCAGAGUGCUGCUGUUCAACGCGACAGGAGAGAGAGACUCGGCUGCCAUGCUGAAACUGCUGGUGACGUGUCACUUUGACUUUGCUGUCUUUUGCCCAAACAUCACUGAAGCCAUUGCUUCCUGUAACGCAGACCAGCAGAACUUCAACGUGUCAGUGGAGAACAUGCUGACUCGCUGCUUGGACAACGAGAGGAGCUGGUGCCUUCAUAACCGGCUGGGUGAUGACGAAGGCACCCAGCUGCUGAUCCAGGACAGU